CGGACGACGCGCUGUCGUAAGGACCGUUCACUAAAACCAGAGGUUAAAGUUAAAUACGCUGUCAAAGUAACGUCAUUAAUUACUAACAUAAUUUGUAUAGGCAACGUCAUUCUAGUCGUUAUAUUGUAGCCCGUUGAACAGAUGCCUCCUAAGAGAGGUCGCAGCGGCCAGACGAUGGCGGCGGCGGCGACGAACCCAGGCUGGGAGGACGGGUUGAGGACUGCGCCGUUUGAGGAGGGUUCAUGGAGGGCCUGUGUGUCCCUGGUGGUUGGGGGAGCCCCAGCAGAAGAGGAGCUGAUGGGGGCUCUACAGCUGGCCGUGCAGCAGCCCCAACGCAGGCUCUUCACCCUGUUGAGUCGGGCAGCCGUCGAGUCCACGAUCCAUGACCUGGGAAACCCCAAAGCCAAGAGGCCCAAAGACCUCCCCAUGUUCUACGAGGUGACGGAGACAGCCAAGCUGCUGCUGGAUGCAGGUGAGGACGUUCCCUGUGAGCUGAUGGCCUUCGUCCUCAAGUUCCAAAUGCUGCAGGUCAAAGCUAGCGACGAGCACCGGAGGGCUGGCCGGCAGGGCUCUGAGGAUACGGCCCAGAGCAAGGCCGGCCCCGCCUCAGCCUCCAAGCGCAAGCCCCCAGAGAACAAGGCCCAGAAGGGCGUGGCGCCGGAGGCCCCGGGCCCCGAGAAGCAGACCCAGCUGAAGAGGAGGGGGGAGGUCGUCCAGACCGUCCAGUACAUAGAUGAUGAGCCAGAGGACGGGCCCCAGCACUACAUCCUGUUAACGGGCUUCCACCAGGCCCAGCUGCUGCCCGCCCUGGAGGCGCUGGGCGUGGCCGUGGACCAUGUGAUCAAGGUGGAGCGGGAGCACGCUCCAGAAGACAGGGACCCCUCAGGCCAGGGUGGGGAGCGGCCCGGGACAGCCCAGCAGCUGGAGGAGUUCUGGUCCACCCUGGGACGGGUCCUGGAGGGGGGGCCCGCCCGCUCUAAGCUCCAUGACCUGGCUCGUCUCAGCCUCACCGUGGGGGACCGCUUCAAUGAUCCUGGAGCCACGUUGGCGUUGGGAGGGUAUAUCUUCGAGGGCGUGGCCUGUCUGAUCUACGCCUGGCUGGCCCAGCAGAGAGAACAUCAGAACUACCUGGAACACCUGCACCUUACCACCAUACCUACUGUAAUUGAUGAGAGUGUCCAGAACUCCAGAAGGGAAGACGCUCCGAAGGUCCUGAGCAGAGAUGUGGACAUGCGUUACUAUGACAACCUCCUGGAGCAGCUGCCUCCGGAGGCCUGGUCUGUACCCGUCAUCUUACACUGCAUGCUGGAACAGGUGGAGAUGUUUCCUCCAGAGGAAGGAGAAAGUGUUGCUGAACCUGAGCUCACCCCCGCACCCCCUGGGAUCCACCGCGGCCUGGCCAGCUGCCUGCUGGAGAAGUUCUUACCUCUGGCUCGGAGCCAGGAGGAGAGGAGACGCAUGCUGGAGCACCUCCUCCCAGAGGAGGAGAGGAGACGCACGCUGGAGCACCUCCUCCCAGAGGAGGAGAGGAGACGCACGCUGGAGCACCUCCUCCCAGAGGAGGAGAGGAGACGCACGCUGGAGCACCUCCUCCCAGAGGAGGAGAGGAGACGCACGCUGGAGCACCUCCUCCCAGAGGAGGAGAGGAGACGCACGCUGGAGCACCUCCUCCCAGAGGAGGAGAGGAGACGCACGUUAUCCCCAGGCCAGAAGCACAGCAAGGCGCCUCAUGGUUUGGACCCCAUGCUUGUGGAAGGGUCCAUGCUCCAGUCUGCCCCCGUGUGGCGGCUGAUAGGCUCUGCAGCUCAGAGGGGGACCAGCAGAACCACCGCCGCGUUCAAGCAGCAGCUGCUCCACUACUGUACCAGUGAGGAGGCCUCGUCGUCCACAGUGGAGCACCUGUUGCACGGCAGGCUGCUGGAGAGCAUGCCUCUAGCUGCAGUUGACCAGCAGGGGGCGCUGAUAAGGAACGACCCACCUGCCAACGGCACACAGCAGCCACAGCCGCCACACGGUGCACGGCCUGAAGCACCCUGUCCUCCUGCCACAGAUCAGACCUUUGUUACCCAGGAGCCCGAGUCCCCAGAGAACACAUCAAGUCUCUUGGAGAAGUUGGACAUCUUCCAGAAGGGCCGGCUGAGAUCUUUCUCUGAGCACCGCUACGCUGAACACCACGACCCCAACAUCUUCCCCCAGGUCCUCCAGGCUGCGAUGGACGCAGCCCUCUGCCUAGACUCCUUCCAGAGCCCCCUGGACCAGACUCUCUAUGUCGUCUGUCACAGUCCCCGGAGCUCCCAGAAACGCUGCCACGAAUCCUGGGACACCGUUCUCCACACUGACGUGGCCUUCAGAAAGUACCAGGAACACGUGGCCAACGUCAUCUCUGAUUGGACGAGACUGGAGGGGACCAAGAGAGAGGCGGAGCAAACCAGGAACAUGAGGCUCCUGGAGCCACCACAUGACGCGCCCCCCGCCCCUGAGGAGAGCUCCCCGGAGCCCAGCCUCAGAGAAGACUCCCUGAAGGCGUGGAAGUUGGAUCAAGAGCAACGCCAGCAGGAGGCGGAGCCUGGCGAGAAGGGAGGGAGGGAGGGCGGUCUGAAGAGAGGCCCCUCCUCCACCGCUGCUGGAGGCAAAACCUCGGCCCGGACCAGGAAGCAGGAGACCACAGGGGGGGCCCCCGUGGGUCCCCAGGACCAGCCCCCAGGAGGCCCCACCGCAGGGCCCCCAACCACAGGGCCCCACGACCAGACCGCAGAGCCCCCAACCACAGGGGCCCCAACCACAGGAGCCCCAACCGCAGGGCCCCCAACCUCAGGGCCCCCAACCACGGGGCCCCCAACCGCAGGGCCCCGGGACCAGCCCCCAGGCGGCCCCACCGCAGAGGCCCCCGCUGGGCCCCACGACCAGCCCCCGGGGCCCCAUGACCAGCCCCCGGGGCCCCAGGACCCGGCCGCAGGGCCCCAGGACCCGGCCGCAGGCUGCCCCCCCAGCCCUGUGUUCCGGGGUUACCGUAUGGACGGUCAGCUGGUCCAUGUUUCCGGACGCCUUCAACACCUGUUCCCUUCAGACGGGGGGCGCGUCACAGUGCACAGGGUCCGCUUUGUGCAAGGUUCCAGUCUCAUUCAAGUUGCUGUGAAGAAGGACGGCCAUCACUUCAUCACCCACCGCGUGGAGACGGAGUCGGAGCAAACACCUCUGGAGGAAGACCUCGGACCUCCAGGCAGCGACGGUGUGGAGCCACAGGGAUCCUUCUCAGCUCUUCUGGACAACGGCGUCCGUCUUUCUUUUCGCUACGAAGGCAAAGCUGGAAAAGACACAACAGAUCCAGUGUGUCCCCAGGAGGGGACCCAGGACAGCCCCGGCCCCCCCGGUGUCUCCCCAGGGUCUCCCUGCUGCCCAGGCGGCCUUGACCUCCCAGCUGGGCCUACGUCAGAUGAGGAGCGGUCUCAGUGUUGUCUGUUCAACAGUCUCCACCUGUCUGCUGCUGACGGCUGGACUAUGAAGUUCUUCAUAGAGGACACACCAGAGACCCCUGGACAGCGCACCCUGCUGGUGAGGCAGAGCAUCCCGGCCUGGCAGGAUGGGGUUGCCGUGGCGAUGCCUGCGGAGCUGUCCCGUGUGGUCACGGGCCAGGGAGCCGUGGUCAGACACAUGACAGACGGGUCCACUGAGGUGCUGUUUCCAGAUGGGGCGGUGUCCUUCAGCCCAGACUCUGGCCCCGUCUGGCCGCCGCUCUCUGAGCGCCAACAGGAAGAGGCUGAGGUGAACACUGUGGCAGACGGCUCCACCCCCCCCGGUCGAGGACGCUGGGUCACCACAGCCCCCUCGGGUGCCAGGGUCUGCACGGUGGGCAGCACCCACGAACACAUCCCCACGGCCGCACUGCUCUCUGUGCACGCCACGGACCCCCUCAGCCAGGCUGUGAUGCUGACGCGACAGGACCGCGUGGUACGUGUUGAGGAACCGGACGGAACCCUGACUGUGGAACACGCAGAUGGAACCAGAAUCACCAGCUUCUACCAGGGGAAGAACUCCUACCAGGAGAGCUCCUACCAGGGGAAGAACUCCUACCAGGGUAAGAACUCCUACCAGGGGAAGAACUCCUACCAGGAGAGCUCCUACCAGGGAAAGAACUCCUACCAGGAGAGCUCCUACCCGGGUAAGAACUCCUACCAGUGGAAGAGCUCCUACCAGGAGAGCUCCUACCAGGGUAAGAACUCCUACCAGGAGAAGAACUCCUACCAGGGGAAGGCCUCCUACCAGCGGAAGAACUCCUACCAGAGGGCCUCCUACCAGAAGGCCUCCUACCAGAAGGCCUCCUACCAGAAGGCCUCCUACCAGGGGAAGGCCUCCUACUAGAAGGCCUCCUACCAG